CACAACAUGGUAUCCUAAUCUUCUAAAGGUUCAAGGUAUCAGAGGUUUGUUCUGGUUUUUAAUCAUUCAGCUGCAGGAGGCAACACUCUCACUGACUGACUGACUGACUGACUGCCCGUCAGGAAGAAAACCUGAGCGUUUCAACGAUCAGAAACCAUGGGAGAGUGGGGUUUUCUGUCAUCUCUGCUGGACAAGGUUCAGUCCCACUCCACUGUGAUUGGGAAGAUCUGGCUCAGUGUGUUGUUCAUCUUCAGGAUCAUGGUCCUCGGCGCCGGAGCAGAGAAGGUUUGGAGCGAUGAACAGUCAAGCAUGAUUUGCAACACCCAACAGCCCGGUUGUAAGAACGUCUGCUACGACCACGCCUUCCCAAUCUCACACAUUCGGUUCUGGGUCCUCCAGAUUAUCUUUGUCUCAACGCCGACGCUGAUCUACCUCGGCCAUGUCCUCCACGUCAUACACAAAGAGAACAAGCUGAGAGAAUACAUGCAGAAGCAUGCAGAAACCACCAAACUGCCCAAGUACUCUGACGACAAAGGCCACGUCCAGAUUACGGGCAACCUGUUGGGAACCUACAUGACCUCCAUACUUUUCAGAAUCCUCCUGGAGUUGGCAUUCAUCGUGGGGCAGUAUUAUCUCUACGGGUUCAUCAUGGACCCACGGAUUGUCUGCUCCCGAGCUCCGUGUCCCUUCACUGUCGAGUGCUACAUGUCUCGACCCACCGAGAAAACCAUCUUCAUCAUAUUCAUGCUCGUGAUGUCCUGUGUCUCAGUGGUGUUCAACGUGGUAGAGAUCUUCUACCUGAUGUGUUGUCGCUCAUCCAGACGAAGGCUGAAAACUGUGCCGGCUUCUGCCAUUGCCAUUCAGCCUCGUCUCCACAAUUAAAGUCUGAUAAAAAUGAGAAGAGUACAGCCUGAGGAACACCAGAAACAGCCUGAGGAACAUCAGAACCAGCCUGAGGAACAUCAGAACCAGCCUGAGGAACACCAGAACCAGUGUGCAAGACAUAGUCACAUCUUUGCCAAACAAAGAUGACUAAUGUGACUAAUCAAGUUAAAUACACGAGGAUGGUCUGGAAAAUUAAACACAAAGUAUUUAUUUAAUGCCUUGAAGGUCCAGAAAGGGAAAUUUGGACACAUAUUAUAUAUUGUUGGAUUGUCAGAAGUAUUAAAUACUUUGAAGAAAAAUAUAAAAGCACUAAGAUUGUCAAUGGUUUUGUAGCACUACAAGCUAAGCCAAUGUUUAAAGGCACUUAGUGCCACACUUCAUGUUUUAAUAUAAUUUUUCAGUUUCGCCUAAAUUGUUAAAGUUUUAGAGGCUAUUUCAUAAAAGUGUAAAUAUUUUAACUCAAAAUUAGCUGUAUUUUGAAAAAAAAAGUUUUGUAUUUUGUCACUGAUUGUUGACUUGAUAAAUUCAAUAAAAUACAGUUGUGUCAGAA